ACCUGGAGUCGUCGCCUAAUCGUUGAGCUAUUUUGCCGGUGGUGUGACAUGGGAGCUUUAUUCGUGGCAAACACACGUCGAUGUCUAUCCAAGAAGAAGAAAGUUCGUCCGCAAGAAUUGCUCUCGCUCGCUCACCUGUCGACAUUCGAAGGAAAUGCACGCGUGACCUCCGACACGAGCGGGUGUCAUGCAUCAUCGAGGCCCCUUGGAUCUCGGGUGAAUGAUCCCAAAUCUGCGUAG